CAGCACGCGACCACGAUUACAAUCAUCACGGAUUCCGGCGCAAACCACAUCCCUCCACCCACCAUUCUGAUUUCAACCCCCCCCUUCCCUGCCACGACGACACACCCGCCGCCAUGCGCCCCCUCCAUCCCUCUCCGCUCCAAUUCCAUUCCCUCGCGCGCAUCCUCCGCCCCCCCACCCCGCGCCGACCACUCCAGAACCCUCUCCGAAAGACAAGACAACGACAACCCUACAGCAGCAACCCCCCGCCAAACCCCAGAUCACCAAAUCCACAAUCAUCACCCCCAAAACAAAACCCAACCACAACCCCAACCACAACGCGCCUCGACCGCGUCCUCUCCCGCCUCCCCCGCCGCCUGCAACCCUACGCAGCGCGCCUGCGCGGCGCCCCCGCCACGCACGUCGUCGCCUUCCUGCUCCUGCACGAGCUGACCGCCGUCGUGCCGCUGCUCGGCCUGUUUGCGCUGUUCCACUACACCGAGCACGUGCCGGUCGCGUGGAUGGUGGCGCACUACGGGGGGUAUGUGAGGGAGGGGGUGGGACGGUUUGAGAGGUGGUUUCGGAGGAGGGGGUUGUUUGGGUUUGGGUCUGUAGAGAAGGAGGAGGGGGGUGGAGGGGGGGAGGGGGGUGUGGGUGCCGAUGCGGUGCUGUCGCGGUGGGAGGCUGAUCCUAAAUAUCGCGUUCUUGUCGAGGUUGGGUUGGCGUACGCGCUGACCAAGGUGCUGCUGCCGGUGCGGAUUGUGGGGAGCGUGUGGGCAACGCCGUGGUUUGCUGGAGUUCUGGGGCGGUUGAGGAGUGCUUUCAGGAGGGGGUGAUUCCCCGUUGAGGGAGCGUGUCUAGAGAUCGGGCCAUAGUCGUAAACUCGGGCCCUACAAGAGGCGAUGUCAAAGUUGCUGGUGGUGAUAGGUUUGAACCCACUCGAGGCCAGGAAGGAUCGGAGGUCAUGCGAAU